ACAUUUUUCAGGUUGUGUGCACGAGAAACAAAGAAUUCCUAAUUGUAUAAUAUUAAUAUUAUUUUCAUAUCUUAAUACAUGCGCUGCACCCAUCCAUAUUUUGAACUGUGGAUACAGAAAUAAAAAAUACCACACAACAGUAAAUCUGCAAUAAAUUAAAUAAAAAUAAACAAACAUCAGACAUACAUAACCUCAAUUGUCACUAACAACAAGUGUCAAUUCUUAAAUGCGAAAAAAUACUUGCAAUAAUCGCUGUGUUGUUAGUAUGAAAGAGUUUACAGUUUUUCACAGUUAUUUAUAAAAAUUAUAAAAGUAAUUUUACAACUGUGUCCACUAAAAAAAUUAAAGAACAACAUAACCUCACUUUUUUACGCAUACAAAAAAAAUAUUCCUUGGAUACGUAGUGAAUAAAGCGUGUUAACUUGUGUAAGUAGCAAUCAUGCUUAUUAUUUGUACUAUUUUCCACGAGAUAAUUUCGAAGGUGUCAAAUAUUUGCACAGAGCCGAACUAGAAAUAUUCGAGCCCCUGCAAAUAAACGCGAUGCUUGUUAUGGGAUUUCAAGCUAACUCUAACGCGCUCUGGCGGCAAGACUGCCUACUACGCUUCCGACGUCAUGAACAGGUCAAGUUCGUGUUAGCGCUGGUGUGUUUACAAGUUUGGAAGGCUCUAAUCAACAAUUUGAUGACCUGUUAAGUUGAUUGUGCCAUUUAAAGCGCACCUAACCUAGCUAUGGCUCAACAAUCUUGUUCCGUUUUUAAUUGUUCAUCGACAAGAAGAAAGAAUCCUGAUUUAAGUUUUCACAUUUUUCCUAAAGAGGGUGAGAAAAUUCAGGUGCUGAGUGACUUUGGAAUUGCAGAAGUGGGUGAUCGUCGAAAACUAUGGGAAAUAAAUCUUAAAAUCGGAAACAAAAUUACCAACAGCAUGGCCGUGUGUUCAAGGCAUUUUACACAAGAUGAUUAUGAAUGCUCAGGUUGGAGCAGCCGAAAACGUUUGAAGCAAACUGCAGUACCAUCCAGGAAUUUACCAUCUAGUACUUUAGAUAUUGAACGAAAUAAAGAAAUAAUAAAAGAAAGAAGAACAAUUGCAGGAGCUUGCUUACGCGAAGAAAGAAGCAAGGUUUCAGAGUGCCCUGCAAAACAUAUCACAGAGAUGUACUCAUGCAACAAAUGUCCCAGCAAAUUUAAACUUCUCGUGGCCCUACAAACCCACGCGAAAACCGCCCACAAGCUCGAAACCUUCGACUGCGCAAGCGAUCUUCGCCCUUUCCAGUGCGGCGGCUGCGAAAACUUCCGGACCCAUUUUCGGACGCAAUUAAAACAGCACAUUCGCCAAAACCACGCCUUCCAAGGCACCCAAAUUUCGUACACUUGUAGGACGUGCUAUUUCGAGACAUUUUCCAGGUGCGUGUUACUUCGGCACAUUUAUUUGGACAGAUGUGUGUAUGAACCUGUGAAAAUAGGAAGCGAAUUGACGACAAAGCACGUCUUCAUAGACAUGAGGGUGGUGCAGUGGUUUAAAUGUGAAUUCUGCCCUUUUCAAGCGCAGUUCAAGGGCAAUUUGCGGAUACACCAACGGAAAUUUCAUAGUGUUGAUAGUAAGAGGUUGAAGUGUGACCUGUGUCCGUUUGAGACUUUGGAUAAGAUGAUGUUUGAUAGGCACAUACAAGUGCAUUUGACGCUGGAGCCAGAAGGGGAGAAAAAUAAAGAUGGAAGUGUGAGAAUAGGAACAUGUGAUAAUAAUGAUGAAGGGUAUAGUGAGAACUUGAACUGUCAGCCUUACAUAACAAACAAGAAAAAGUAUUUACAGGCACAUGUGAACAGACAUGUAACUCAGGAGUAUUUUCAUUGUGGAGAGUGUUCUUAUAGGGCGAAAAGACGACAGACUGUGAAACGUCAUAUCCUAGAAAAACAUGUAAAUAUAACUUAGGAACUAAACAAUUUUCACAUGUUUAGUGAAAACUUUUAUAGCAAUUGCUUGUAUAGUGGGUUGCCUAUGUUGGCAAUAAAAUUAAGUAAAUAUAUUAUUGUUAUUGUAAUAGAUCAGCACUUGUUAAGCUAAAUCCAACAAUAAACUUUUAUUUUUUGCAAA